AUGGCAGACGCAAAGGCCCAGAAACGCCAGAAGUUCGAGGACGUGUUCGCCGUGCUCCGCGACGAGCUGCUCGCGUACCUCCGCCAGGAGGGCAUGCCCCAGGACGCCGUCGACUGGUACCGCCGCAACUUGGAGUACAACGUGCCGGGUGGGAAGCUGAACCGAGGGCUGUCGGUUGUGGACUCGGUCGAGAUCUUGCAGGGGCGCGCGCUCGGCGAGGACGAGUACUUCAAGGCCGCGCUGCUGGGGUGGUGCAUCGAGCUUCUGCAAGCAUUCUUCCUCGUGUCGGACGACAUGAUGGACCAGUCGGUGACGCGCCGCGGUCAGCCGUGCUGGUACCGCGUCGAGGGCGUGAGCCACAUCGCGAUCAACGACUCGUUCAUGCUCGAGGGCGCGAUCUACUUCCUCCUCAAGAAGCACUUCCGCACCGAGCCGUAUUACGUGCACCUGCUCGAGCUCUUCCACGACACGACGUUCCAGACCGAGCUCGGGCAGCUCAUCGACUUGAUCACCGCGCCGGAGGACCACGUCGACCUGAGCAAGUUCUCGCUCGAAAAACACCAAAAGAUCGUGAUCUAUAAGACGGCGUACUACUCCUUCUACCUCCCCGUCGCGCUGUCGAUGUACAUGACCGGCAUCCCGCACACGGCGCAGAACGACCCGUACGCGCUCGCGCAGUCCAUCCUCAUCCCCCUCGGGGAGUACUUCCAGGUGCAGGACGACUUCCUCGACUUCGCGCAGCCCCCGGAGCUGCUCGGCAAGAUCGGUACGGACAUCGUCGAUAACAAAUGCUCGUGGUGCGUGAACACCGCGCUCGCGAUCGCGAACCCCGCGCAGCGCAAGGUGCUCGACGACAACUACGGCCGCAAGGACGCGGCGGCGGAGGCGCGCGUCAAGGCGCUGUACGAGGAGCUGGGCAUCCGCGCGCGGUUCGCGGCGUACGAGGAGGCGGCGUACAAGCGCAUCGUGAGUCUCAUCGAGACCAUCCCGGAGAAGCCGCAGGCGAAGGCGGGCGAGGUCGUGCUCCGGCGCGAGGUGUUCAAGGUCUUCCUCGACAAGAUCUACAAGCGGCAGAAGUGA